GAGACCGAAAGGGACAGAACAACCCCUUGAUCCCGUAGCCACCGUCCGGCUCGGGCGCGGAGGGGGCUUGCUUUUUAUUCAGCGGGAACCGUGCGGCGAAGCCAAAAUCUCUGGAGAGAUUCGGGGUCCAUCCAGGAGGUGGCGGGGUGCCCGAGAGAUUCUGGAGGAAGCUCUGGAUUCCCUUUCUUCUCCAGGGGUCGUUCUUAGCCCUGCUUCUGAGAACCGAGGGCAGGAGCAUCGCCAAUGCCGGGCCGGCCUCACGGAGUCCGAGAGGAUGGCCGGGGCCGGCGGGCAGCACCACCCUCCGGGCGCCGCGGGAGGAGCCGCCGCCGGGGCCGGCGCCGCGGUCACCCCCGCCGCUCCCUCGGCGGGGCCCGGAGAGGACUCGUCUGACAGCGAAGCGGAGCAAGAGGGACCCCAGAAACUGAUACGCAAAGUGUCCACCUCAGGGCAGAUCCGAACCAAGACCAGCGUUAAAGAAGGACAACUGUUGAAGCAAACCAGUUCUUUCCAAAGGUGGAAAAAGCGUUACUUCAAACUUCGAGGCCGUACCCUUUAUUAUGCAAAGGACUCGAAGUCUCUGAUAUUUGAUGAAGUUGACCUCUCAGAUGCCAGUGUAGCUGAAGCAAGCACAAAAAAUGCUAACAACAGCUUCACGAUAAUCACUCCAUUCCGAAGGAUAAUGCUCUGUGCUGAGAACAGAAAGGAGAUGGAGGAUUGGAUCAGCUCACUAAAGUCUGUACAGACCAGAGACUCUUACGAGGUGGCCCAGUUUAACGUGGAAUAUUUCUCAGGGAUGCAUAACUGGUUUGCCUGCUCCCACGCCCGGCCCACCUUCUGUAACGUGUGCAGGGAGAGCCUGUCUGGAGUCACCUCCCACGGCCUGUCCUGUGAAGUGUGUAAAUUCAAGGCUCACAAGAGGUGUGCAGUGAGGGCAACAAACAACUGCAAAUGGACUACUCUGUCCUCCAUCGGGAAGGACAUUAUAGAGAAUGAAGACGGCGUAGCCAUGCCUCACCAGUGGCUCGAAGGUAACCUGCCUGUGAGCGCCAAAUGUGCCGUCUGCGACAAAACGUGCGGCAGUGUUCUACGCCUGCAGGAUUGGAGAUGCCUUUGGUGUAAAACAAUGGUGCACACUGCCUGCAAAGAUUCAUACGAUCCCAUAUGUCCACUUGACCAAUGUAAAGUGUCUGUAAUACCUCCAAUUGCACUGAACAGCACGGAUUCUGAUGGUUUCUGUAGAGCAACGUAUUCAUUCUGUGUUAGUCCUCUGUUGGUUUUUGUCAAUUCUAAGAGUGGAGAUAAUCAGGGAGUAAAAUUCCUUCGUCGAUUUAAACAGUUGCUAAAUCCAGCUCAGGUGUUUGAUUUAAUGAAUGGAGGUCCUUGUUUAGGCUUAAGAUUAUUUCAGAAUUUUGACAAUUUCCGGAUUCUUGUUUGCGGAGGAGAUGGCAGUGUAGGUUGGGUUUUGUCAGAAAUCGAUAAGCUCAACUUGAACAAAAAGUGUCAGGUGGGUGUACUGCCUUUGGGCACAGGAAAUGACCUCGCUCGGGUGCUUGGCUGGGGAGGUUCCUGUGAUGACGACACCCAACUUCCUCAGAUCCUCGAGAAGCUGGAACGAGCCAGUACCAAAAUGCUGGACAGGUGGAGUAUAAUGACGUAUGAACUCAAGUUGCCACCAAAGGCCCCUCUACUUCCGGGAUCUCAAGAAGCAAAUGAAGAAUUUUAUAUGACAAUUUAUGAAGACUCAGUUGCAGCUCAUCUUUCAACAAUCCUCAAUUCUGAUGAAUAUGCAGUGGUCAGAUCGUCUGCCAAGAUAUUAUGUGAAACUAUCAAGGACUUCGUUGCCAAAGUAGAGAAGGCCUAUGAGAAAACAUUGGAAAAUGCUGUUGAAUCGGAUGCAAUAUCCAGUAAAUGUUCAGUCCUAAAUGAGAAGCUGGAGCAACUCCUCCAGGCUGUGCACACAGAGGGUCAGGCUGCGUCAGCGCUUCACGGGGAUUGCCCUGUCUUUGUAGAAGUAGAUCCUGUGGAAUCUUCCAGUGACGAAUCCUUGUGUGAAAGCAAAGGACAACUCAUGGAUGAACUCACCAGGCUGCCCUCACAGAAAACCUUAAAAUCAAGGGAAAUACUGUCGCGGGCAGACAGUUUAAAGAAAGCAGUGAGGCAAGUCAUUGAACAAGCCGGAAAAGUUAUAGAUGAGCAGUCAGGUCACCCCUGUGAUCCAGAUAAUCAGUCAUCAGAAUAUGAUCAUGCAGAAACAGAUGAAUGUAAAGAAGAUUCUAAAGAUGAUGGAAAAGAAUCAUUAGCCGUUAAAACCACACCCCAGUCUCCAGAUGGGCAGACAAGUCGUGGCUAUGCCCAAACUGAUAUCUGCUCUGGUCCAGCUGUGGCAGCCAGCAGAGAGAAUCUCCCAGUGCUCAACACUAGAAUAAUCUGUCCAGGUUUAAGAGCAGGACUAGCUGCCUCAAUUGCUGGGAGUUCUAUCAUCAACAAAAUGUUACUAGCAAAUAUUGAUUCCUUUGGUGCAACACCAUUUAUUGACCCAGAUCCAGACUCAUUAGAUGCAUAUUCAGAAAAAUGUGUCAUGAACAAUUAUUUUGGGAUUGGAUUAGAUGCAAAAAUUUCAUUAGAAUUUAAUAAUAAGAGAGAAGAGCACCCUGAAAAGUACAGGAGCAGGACUAAAAACUUGAUGUGGUAUGGAGUCCUUGGAACCAAGGAGUUAUUACAAAGAUCAUACAAGAAUUUAGAACAAAGGGUUUUGCUUGAGUGUGAUGGACAGUAUAUUCCUCUCCCCAGUCUGCAAGGCAUAGCGGUGUUGAACAUCCCAAGCUACGCUGGAGGUACUAAUUUCUGGGGUGGAACUAAAGACGAUGAUAUAUUUUCAGCGCCAUCCUUUGAUGACAAGAUCCUGGAAGUUGUUGCCAUCUUUGACAGCAUGCAAAUGGCUGUUUCAAGGGUCAUUAAACUACAGCAUCAUCGAAUAGCCCAGUGCCGUUCAGUAAAAAUCACUAUAUUUGGUGAUGAGGGCGUCCCAGUUCAGGUGGACGGUGAAGCAUGGGUCCAGCCUCCAGGGAUUAUCAAAAUUGUGCACAAAAAUAGAGCUCAGAUGCUAACGAGAGACAGGGCUUUCGAAAGCACUCUCAAAUCUUGGGAAGAUAAACAGAAGUGUGAUUCUGGUAAACCAGCUCUUCGAACCCACUUGUGCUUUCAUCAUUCUGGCGACUUGGCAUCGGAAGAGGCGUCCCAGAUGCAGAUGUGUUCCCAAGCUGCUGAAGAGCUCAUUACUAGGAUUUGCGAUGCAGCCGCAAUUCACUGUCUUUUGGAGCAAGAACUGGCCCACGCUGUGAAUGCCUGCUCCCAUGCACUGAAUAAAGCAAACCCAAGGUGUCCAGAGAAUCUUACAAGAGAUACUGCUACUGAAAUAGCCAUCAAUGUGAAGGCACUAUAUAAUGAAACAGAAUCUUUACUAGUUGGCAGGGUUCCUUUGCAUUUAGAAUCGCCACACGAAGAGCGGGUGUCCAAUGCCUUACACUCUGUGGAGGUGGAGUUACAAAAAUUAACAGAGAUUCCCUGGCUUUAUUAUAUCUUACACCCUGAUGAGGAUGUGGAGCCUCCUAUAGAUUACACCAAAAGAAACAGCAAAAGCACAGUGUUUCGUAUGGUGCCAAAAUUUAAAAAGGAAAAGAAUCAGAAGCAGAAGACAAGUUCACAGCCUGUAGUUCAGAAAUGGGGCACAGAGGAAGUUGCUGCUUGGCUGGAUCUGCUCAAUUUGGGAGAGUACAAAGAAAUCUUCAUCCGCCAUGACAUCAGAGGGGCUGAACUUUUGCAUCUGGAAAGGCGAGAUCUUAAGGACCUGGGGAUUCCGAAAGUGGGGCAUAUGAAGCGAAUUCUCCAGGGAAUUAAAGAGCUUGGAAGGAGCCACUCCCCUGUCUGAGGUGUAAUCAUUUCGGUGCUAUUCCUUGGAAGAGAAGUAAUUGCUACUUAAUACAAAGUUCUUGGAAGCAAUUUGCUAUCCUUAUAGUUUUCUGCAUCGAUAAAGUAAGCACCACUGAAGCACCUCGAUGGCUUGAUAUUUUGCUGAGGGUGAAAGAUUUGGUUUGAGUUAUUAGAAAAUAUGUUUGUGCCAAAAAAUACAUUCCAAGAAGCCAUUUUCUUAUUGUGCAGACCUGACUUGUUCAAAUACGAUCAUAGUAGUAAAAAGGUAGGAGGAAGCUGAGACAAUUGCGUUGUCUAAAAGAUAGACUUGCAAAAUGUUUUCUUUCCUUAAACCUGGUCUAUGUAAUAUUCUUACUGCUCAACUGCAUAACAAUAUGCGGUUAAAACUCUUUGGAUUCAUUAUUUAGAAGUGUUGGCCUCUUCUUUAAAACAAUUGGUUAGGAGACUAAGAUCUAAAUUAAGCUGUUUCAAAUAACAGAUUGGUAUCACCGCAGAUUUUCUAGUGCUCAGUGGUCAAAGAAUAUAGUUAAAGCCCCUCAAAUACUAUGAAUGAAAGCAAAUCUUAAUGCACGGUAUUCCUGCCUGAAUUGUCUUUCUUUUCCUUGCAUGUCACAUCUAAUAUUGUAACAUUUUUAACGGCUUUAAUGUCAGUUUUAAUAGAAUUUAAUUUAUUAUUCCCCAAGUACCUUUUUGCUGGCUAUGGGCACUUAUCUGUUCUUUAAGGUGGAAUUUUGCAUAAAUAAUCUAACAUGUAAGAAUUUGUGAACAUAGGUCGGUGCCAUAAUCAACAAAUGAUAUACAUCUUAUGUAAACCGAUUCUAUUUCAACAAAUCAGAAACAGCUGGUGUGUAAAUUAAGAAAAUUCUCUGGGUAUUUUCAUAAAAUUACAUGAUCUGUUUCCUAACAGAACAUAUUAGCUUUCCAAAGCAAAAUUACCACAUUUUGUUAUAUUUAAUUUCAAUGUAAUAAUUAUUUAACAUUCUCUUUAUUUAUAACAUAGUAGACUGUUGACAUCCAGGAAUUCCCCAAGGAGUUAACUGAGUCUUUGUAUACUUUUGGGUCACCCUGACUUACCCGCUAGCUCAGUGGCUUUCUGACACAAGCUCCCCAAUGAAAGAGAUUUCAAAUUUUGCUUCAGGGCUUUUCAUUAUUAUUAUUAUCUCAGUUAAUUCAUGCAUCCUAUGAGGUAUAUUUUAUUUUCCUUUUUAGAAACCGUUAAACUUUUGACUCAUUAGGAGUAAAAAUUACAAUUAUCAAAUCUUUGAAAGCCAGAGGGCGUACAGAUCAAAACUCCCAAAAAUAUCCUUAAACUUUCUUUAGACAUUAUAUACCAAAAUAUUGAUUAUAAUAGUUUUAAAAUGUCUUAUAUAAGAGAAUAAAAUAGGGUACUGACCCAGCUGUGACAAUUUUCAUAAAGCAGCCGUCUAGGUGCUCAAUAAAUACACAUGCAUGCACACACACACACAAUAUACAUACGUAUGCAUACAUACACAUAUGCACAUAUAUACACUUAUAUGUAUAUAUAAACACUUGCAUAGUCUUGUGAUAUUUCUAGACAAUUGUUUGCCAUAUGUUGAGAGAGAAAUAUAUAUAGAAGACCAUUUCAAAUAAGUUAUUGUCAGACAUAAUUUAAUUAUAGCAAAGGAGCUUAAAUAUUUGACACUUGUCCAUUGCUUGGGUAUUUGACCACUAAAAUUACAAAAUUUGGAUAUAAAUUUUUUUCAAUAUGAAAAUGAUUCUUUUUAAUUUUUAAUUUUUUUAUUAGAGAAGUUGUAGGUUUACAGAACAAUCAUGUAUAAAAUACAGGAUUCCCAUACACCACCCCACCACCGACACAUUGCACUGUUGUGAAAUAUUUGUUGCAACUGGUGAUAGCACAUUUUUAUAGUUGUGCUGUUAAUGGUUGUACUGUUAAUUCAACUCCAUGGUUUAACUACACAUUUGCCUUGUGUAGUCCCAUGGAUUCUUUUUUUUUUUUUUUUUUUUUUUUAUCUUCAUUUUAUUGAGAUAUCCCAUGGAUUCUUUAUAAUUUUUUUUUUCUGUUGUCAUGUCUACAAUCCAGCAUUUCCCCCUUCAAUCACAUUCAGAUAUAUAUUUCAGCACUGUUAAUUGUGUUCACGAUGUUGUGCUACCAUCACCAUGGGGUAUCUAUUUUAAAAGUGAACCUAGUCGGUUCCUGAGCAACUGGGUCUGACAAUAAAUUUCACCUGUUUAAGUUGUGAACAAAUGGGAAUGUUCCAAAGGGAAUUAUAUCACGUAGUUUCAAAGGGCAGUGAGCUAUGCACUUAAUGAUAUUAAUUUUACAAACAUCUAUGAAAUGAAAAGUCUCCUUGUUCAGUCCUUUUACAGCCUCCACCCUGUGUGGGGUCCUCUCUUCUAAGUACUUUCGUGUGAAAGGAAAAAUAUGAGAUACCAGGUUCUCGGAACUCCUCUGAGAUCACAGAGCCCUGUGCAGCCCUUCCAAAAAAAAGGCAAGUUCGAAGCAAGGAGCAGAGAAACUCUAGAAAAUAGUGUGUGACUAUGAAAAUCAUUAUUGAUUUUCACUGUCCCAAAAUAUCCUUUCACCGAUAGUAAAGAUUCUCAAGCUAUUACAUGUUCAGAAUUUAAGAGUAAGAUGAAAAUGAUUGAAAUUUUGUUUGCUGUUGCUUUUUUCACUCUUAAGCAACGUCUUUUAUAUAUGCUAAACUUCAGUCACCAGAAUCCUUAAUUAGCUGGAAUUUUCCUGCAUAAGGCUUUGGAUGAGGGAAAUCCCUUACAAUGAAAAUGUUCUCUCUUCUGUUAAAUGAGAGCACGUUUUUCCGUAAGCUUUGGCCAUGUAUGGCUGUGUAGGACCCAGAUCGCUGUACUCACACCUGUUUGCCAGGACAGUGCCCUCAGCACCUGUCAGGGUCACAGAGGAACCAGCUUCUUUUUGUAGAUAGGGUUGCAAAAACACAGAACAACUGUAGGAAGAGCUGCUCCCUGGGAUCUGAUCCCACUGUGGGAGCACAAGCAAGGCCUCUGUUCUUUGACCCAGGCGUAAGCUGGGUGAGAAAGCUCAGCCUGCAUGGGGUUGCCCACUGUCGUCGCUGUCACCACUGUCAUCCCCGUCACCACUGUCAUCCCCACCCACUCCCGGCUAGGCUCUCCUGCACGGGGAAGAUUUGGGAAGGGUGGGGGGGGGGGUGCAGCCAAGACCCACUUCCUUUCCCGGGCUCAUUUUCCAAAAGGGAAGGGGACAGGGUCAGUCCUGAGUAAAACCUCAGAGUAUGCAGUUUCCCUUCAGCAUCUUCCCUCCUGCCUUUCUGAGAUUUUUUCCCAUGUCCUGGCUUUCCAUCGUCCCACGUGGCCAACACAAUGCUGGCCACUCAGAUUCUCACUGCCUCACUGCCUUCUGUUCAUCUGGCCCCAUCAGCUGUCCCACCACAAAAUUACACACACACACACACACACCCUUUCCUCCCACCCCAAACACACAUUCUGGUCAUCUAGCUAAAAGGGUUAGGAAGAAAAUGGUUUAUAGAAAGUCGUUUUGCAGUUUGCAUUUUAUAAAAGGAUACCUGCUAAUCCAAAUAAAUUGAGGGGGCCAAUAUUUUGGGGGCUGGGAUAUAUAUUAAUGUUCUGUCUGAGAAGAGCUGACCCAGGAAUGUCAAGAUCUGUGCUGUCCCUGUGGCAGCUCCUAGCCCUGUGGCUAUUUAAAUGUAAAUUUAAUUUAAUUGAUUUAGAAGUUCAGUUGCACUAGUCACAUUCCAAGGGCUCAGUAACCGUAGUGGAAAGUGCAGAUGUAGAAUAUUUCUUUUACUGCAGAAGUUCUAGUGGACAGCUUAAAAUGUGGUCCACGAGCCAGCCACAGUCAACAUCACGUGGGAGCUUACAUAAACGCAGACUCCCAGGUCCGCUCCAGACCUACCGGAUCAGAAUCUUCUUUUAGUAAGAUCCUCUGGUGAUUUACACUAGCCUAGAUCCCUUUUGUCCCUCCUAGAUAUCAGAAAUCCCGGGUCUUCAGAAGGUCCUCAGAAUAGCUGGCUGCCCACCCCAUGUUUCCCAUGUCUCCAGCUCACCCCAGAAUGGAGCUGACACAUAUUCUUCACCCUAGCUGAAGUGUCUUCUCAACACUUACUUCUAAUUCUGUUCUAGAUAAGCACAACCUUCCCAGUGGUUGUGUUUUGGUCGCUUAAGUUGAGCAGAAGAGAAGGGCUGACCAGCAGAGCUGGCCACUCUCAAGCACCUCACCCCACCUUUAAGUCACUAAACAAUCCACAUUUGCUCAGUUUUCUGCCCACUGGUAUGCUCAUUUGUUCACAACUUAAGUCCCAGGGAACAUUUCAGAAGAAUAUGUACUUAGAUAAGGAAAGACCAGCUCAGUCCCUUAGAAUUUGUACAUUUUCAUUUAUCAGUACAUUAUCCUGUUGAUUUGGUUCAUGCCUGAGGGUACAUAGCAGCACACACAUAAAUUAGUCAUUAGGCAUGCCAAAAAAAAAAAAAAAAAGAUUGCAAGUAAAAUGAAUGUUU